AAAACCAUGUAGGCUGGGCAGGUAGGUAGAAGCUAGUUAGAAGCAAUUCUACCUGGCUUUCUACUUUUAUAUUUUGCUGAAAAGCUGGAAUCUCUCAUCUGGGUCAUUACUUCAUGGCUCUUUGCCCUAGCCGUUUCAAUGGUGCAACUUUCACAGUCCCCCCUCCGCCGCCCUUCACCUUCAUGCCACUCUGAGGAAGGGGAAGAGAAGAGCAUGAAGCCAGAUAAGCAGCAGGUGACCCAAGGUCCUCGAGGGGAUAACCAGCCUCCCAUGAGCCCCCUGCAGGCAGCUUUGAAUUCUGCAACCACAGCUUCUCAGGCAUACGAGACUUACAUUGAUAAUGGACUUAUCUGCUUGAAACACAAAAUUAGGAAUAUUGAGAAAAAGAAGCUCAAAUUAGAAGACUACAGGGAUCGGCUGAAAAGGGGGGAGGUCCUCAAUCAAGAUCAGUUGGAAGCUGUUGAAAAAUAUGAAGAAGUUAUACAUAACUUGGAUUUUGCUAAAGAACUUCAGAAGACAUUUUCUGGACUAAGUCAAGAGCUACUAAAAGCACAGCGGAAAGCGCAACGAAGAGAAACUUUACUGAAACUUGAAGCAGAGAAGAAAAAGCUCCGCACAAUACUGCAGGUCCAGUAUGUGCUGCAGAAUUUCACUCAAGAGCAUGUGCAGAAAGACUUCAGAAGUGGCUUGAAUGGUGCAAUAUACUUGCCUUCUAAAGAAUUAGACUACCUCAUUAAGUUUGCAAAAUUGACAUGUUCAGGAAGAAAUGAAACUGUUAGCAUUGAAGACCAAAUGGAGCAGUCAUCACUCUGUUUCUGGGACCUGCUAGAAGGCAGUGAAAAAGUAGUGGUUGGGACAACCUAUAAGCAUCUGAAGGAUUUGUUAUCAAAGCUGAUAGAUUCUGGAUAUUUUGAAAACAUUCCUACCCCUUGCAACAAACCAGAAAAAGAGGAAUUGAAAGAAGAAAUGCUUGAAAAACCCAAACAGUUACCAAAACCAGAGUCUGUCAAUGAAAUAGAAUCUCAGAGACAGCAUGUUCAAUCGGAGAUACAACCUCAAGAAUUUCUUAAUAGGCGCUAUUUGCCUGAAGUGGACUGUACUGCCAAGCCUGAAGGAACUAAACACUGGGAAAUAGAACAUGCUACAAAAAGUGAUCCCCCCAAAUCCUGGGAAAUGCUGGUUGAUGUCGAAGAAGAGGAACAGAAAAGGCAAAAUCCAGAAUCCAUGAAAUUAUUGGAAUCUAUAAACCAGGAAGGGAAGAAGAAGCUGGAACUUUCACAACCUUGGGAAUCGCCUCUUCAAGAAGUUGAUGAUCAUAAGCUUGAUGUUCCGAAGCCUUGGGUGGCUCCAGUUAAAGAAGAGCAGGCCUCUUCCAAAUCCUGGGUAGCAAAAGAGAAAGAACAGCAGGAACCAAAGCAAGAAGGUCCCAAGCCUUGGGUAACUAAAACUAAAGGAGGAUUGGAACAAAACCAGGAAAAGCCAAAAAUUUGGGUGUCUCAAACUAAUAUGGAAACUUUGAAAAAAAUAGAACCCAUGAAGCCUUGGGAUGCACGUGUCCGAGACGAGAUGGAACAAAAGAAACAGCAACCCGAAAAGCCAUGGGUGGGGCAUACAGGAGAAGAGGAUGAGCAAAAAUCCCAACCUCCAAAAGUUUGGGGAACAUCUGAGAGAUCACAGCAAGUGGUCCAGCAGCCAUUACAGAAUACUCCUAAGAUCUGGGGAGUUGGGAAUCUUGUACCAAAGGAUCAGACUGAGCUGAAGAAGCUUGACGGGGAAAUGAAAGAAAGACGAGAAUGCAGAUCAAAGCUUGAAUCAGAUGUGAAAAAAGGUGGAAAGACUGGUGGAGUAAAUGAACACAGCAUUGAUGCGUCAAAGAAAAAAGGGAGCUUUCAGUCAAUUGGAGAAUCAUGUAAAUUACCCAGGAAUAUCCAAAACGUCAUGCAGGUAGCUAAGCCUGUGCACCAAACAGCUGCAGAGUUUUGCUCUACUUCUAGCCUUCCAAAGGAUCCAGUACUCAGAAAAGAAAAACUGCAAGAUUUGAUGACUCAAAUUCAGGGGACUUACAACUUCAUGCAGGAAUCACUUCUGGAUUUUGAUAAACCUUCACAAAGUGCUGGCUGUUCAUCACAAGCCUCUUCUGUUGAUUCUUCUGCUUCUAAUGAACAACUUUCAAGCCAAAAUGACUUCCCUGAACAAUCAAUACAGAGUGCUUCUUCUCCCGUGACUUUGCAUGGAUCAAACACUUCCUUGAUUUCUGAUAACACCUUGUCUGGAUCAGAAACUGAACUUCAUUCACCACAAGUUCCUACUCCACUUUCAAGUGAAUCACAGACACCACUGACACCCUCAAGAAAUACCGUGUCACCAGUACAUCAGGGGAACGUUUUUCAAUCUCCUCCAUCAAGUAGCAGUGCUGUUAAUGUAAAAGCACCUCCUUUUCAGGCUAUGCAGACUGUGUUCAAAGUGAAUGCACCUUUGCCACCUCGUAGAGAGCAGGAUGCGAAAGAGAAUUCUCUGCAUUCCACAGGAUACAAUCAGAAUUUUUCAACAGCCAGCACACAGACGCCACCCCCAUGUAAAUUAGCAUCCACACAAAAUGCGGAACAAACAACUUUUUCACAAGAGUCUCUUUCAAAUGCAGGUACUUGCCAGGCUGAGGGAGCUGUUCCUGUCAGCAAUGGUACCCUCACUUUUUAUGCAGCACAGACAGCCACUUUUCCUAGACCAUCACAGCCUUUUAUUGGAAACCGUGGAUCUAUCAGAGGUUCUCUCAGGGGUGUAAGAUCGAUGAAUAAUUCCUAUCGCUCUCCUGGUGGAUAUAAAGCAGGUUUUGAACCUUACAGAGGAUCACCUUCAAUCCCUAAUGGAACCUAUAGCCAAUUACAGCUUCCUGGCAGAGAUUACUCUUCAAUGCAGUAUUCUCAGAGGGAUAUGAAUUACCAACCAAACUAUAAGCGAGGAGGUAUUAAUAGUGGCCGAACUAAUUCAAGAGCAGGAUGGAACGAUUCUUCUCAGGUGAGCAGCCCAGAGCGUGACAAUGAGAUGUUUAACAGUGGGGAGACUGGGCAGGGUGAUUCCCGCAGCAUCACUCCUGUCGAUAUACCUGUGACAAGCCAAGCAGCCACCCUACUACCUGUACACGUCUAUCCCCUCCCACAGCAGAUGAGAGUUGCCUUUUCUGCUGCUAGAACUUCUAACUUGGCUCCUGGAACUUUAGAUCAACCCAUCGUGUUUGACCUCUUGUUAAACAAUCUUGGCGAAACCUUUGAUAUACAACUUGGUAGGUUCAAUUGUCCUGUUAAUGGUACUUAUGUAUUCAUAUUCCAUAUGUUGAAGCUAGCUGUGAAUGUACCAUUAUACGUGAACCUCAUGAAAAAUGAAGAGGUUUUAGUCUCCGCGUAUGCCAAUGAUGGUGCUCCAGAUCAUGAGACUGCAAGCAACCAUGCAGUCCUCCAGCUCUUUCAAGGAGACCAGAUUUGGCUACGCCUUCAUAGAGGAGCUAUUUACGGAAGUAGUUGGAAAUAUUCUACCUUCUCAGGAUAUCUCCUGUAUCAAGACUGAACAUUAAGCUGCUCCAACGGUUUGGUGAAGGAAGGUGAAAACUGGUGGGCUAGUUUCACACUGCAUACUGAAUACUAAAGUGGGAAAAUGGUGAUCUGUUUUACAAUGAGUUGGAGUUGGAUCAGCACUGAUGUGGCACUUUAUCAGUUGUGAUAUAGCCUUGAUAGUAAAGCUCUGAAUGUUAUGUUUGCACUUACUCUUGAACUGUAAUUUAUUAGCUUACUAUGCUACUCAAAUUUGCCUCAAGUUUAGGCUAUUCGCAACGCCUUGUGCCUAAAUAAAAAAAAAAUUAAUAUGCCUUAGUAUCAGUGUCUGUGCUACUGUGAUAAUUCUGGGUCAUAAUUAACUUUCUGGAGGGCUAUUAAGACUUGGCUUGUUCAUCCGGGCAUUAUGCUAGGAUAGAACUGAAUAAAUAAAAGUGUGAAUUUAAAGCUAGUGGGAUAGUGCUGUGAUUGAGUUAAUGUGGUGUUGUGAGGUUCAAUUGACUAGAUUUCAUUCUGUUUUUAAUUGGACAUUAUUUUAAGCUGCAAGGGUUAUCACAUAUAAGAUAGGUGGCCAUAUAAGUUUAUAAAUAAAUAAAAUAAGAUUCCACUGGAAAAGGAAAACAGAUCCACACCCAGUUAGGAAGCAUGUUCCUUGUAUGUGAAAAGUUGCAGAUUUAAUCCUCCCAAAUCUUCUGGUAGGAGGAAGAAAUAUGAUGGCAUUCCCUGGAGAAUUACUAUUAAAAAUUAGAUGGAACAUCCCCCCAAUCUGCAACACAACAUCAUUUUUAUUUUUUAAACAUUGAAAGCAAGUGGAAUAUUGAGACUAAGAUUCAUUUCGUAUUUAUGUAAUUAUGUAGAAAAUUUGAGUUCUCAACACAACAGCUGCGGGAACAUCUCUUGAUUUCCAGGAUUGGGAAACUAGCACCCACAUAGCAAAACAUCAGCUGCAAGCAUCAUCGUUUCUAAAACUGCUUCUGGCCUUGUAUUUAUCUGGCAGUAGUUCAGGGCUUAAAGCUAUACUUUACUGCCUGGGGGAAAAAAAGGUAAGUUAAGGUGAUAGAAAUGGGGCAAGCCACCAUAUAAAUGGGCACUGUGACUGUCCAUAUUAACCAUGGUGUGAGACCAUAAGAUGUUCCUCAAGCUCUAAAUGUGUCCAUAAGCCCCAAAAGUUGGAAAUCUUGAGUCAUUGUCCCUUCUAGUUUUGAUGCCAACGCUACAGCAGAAAAAUAACCUACAGAUAAUUAAAUAAAUGGGGAAGAUGGUAAACCUUUACCCAAGCAGGAACGUUGCAUCUUAUUUUAUUAAACCACUAGUUAUAUUGGUCACUUUGCUUCAGAUUUUACACCUUUGUUAUAAAACUCUGUUGUUGGAAAUGAGUGGCUGUGUCACUCAAGGUAUUUGUUAGGAACUGUUGCCCUUGGACAUCUGAAGACUAAAGGCUUCAAGAUCUGCACUAUAGCAUCACCAUGGAACCACUCUGGAGAUAAUCACAUUUGAGGACUUUAUUUGAAAAUACCCGAAGAGCAGAUUGGAAGAAUACCUGUAAGCGGAGAUGGUAAAUUCUCCUCUGCGUUCUCCAACUUUUCUCUACAACUUUGGUUCUGUUUUAUUUUACAUUCCUGGUAUUGGUGUACAAGAACAACUACUAACCAUCUAGAAAGUGCUUCUCUCUCUCUCUCUCCCUCUUUCUCUCUCUCUUUCUAAAGUUCCCAUUUAAUUUGACUCAGCAUUUUAUAAAUUCUAAAAGGCCCUCCUAUUUUUCCAAAUGACAAUUAUGUUAGGUGAAUUAUUUGUGAAGCUUCCAUCACAAGCUCUAGCCUUUUCUCUCUCUUCAUCAAAGGAUUCAGUUGGCUUAUGUCCUGAAGGCACCUCCAGAUCUUUUUGUGAAUGUGUGCGGUAUUGAAAAGCUUGCAAACAUCUCAAUAUGGUGAGAUUUGCUUGUAUGUUUGGGAUCGUUCUGUUGCUGCAUGAACAACUUCACCUCAACUUUAGCUGUCAGAAAGAUGGCCUGAUACUGUUCUGAGGAAUUAUUAAAAGUAGAAUUCAUGCUUUAUUCAAUGAUACCAAGUCAUCCAGAGGUUGAAGCAGCAAAGUAUCUCCAAACUAUGACAUUACCCAUGCCUGUGUUUGAUAAUUGGUAUGAGGUUCUUAUUGUGGAAUGCAGUGUUUGGCUUCCACCAGUUCUAAUUGAACCUGUGUGACUUGAAAAGUUCCACCUUUAUUUUGCCCAUAGAACAUUUCUGCAGGAGUCUGGAGAUUCAUCCAGCUGUUUGGCAAAAUUUAAAUAUCUAUGGCUUCUUUCUCACUACUCUGUUUUACACAGUGCUUUUCUAAUGGUACCGAUCAAAAUAUGCCCAGAUCCUUGGAUGGCAUUCUAGGGUUCUUUGUGAUUUCCUAGCCAGUUCUAUUCUAUACUCAAAGUGAUGAGAGCCACUUUUUUUUUUUUUUUGAAGAUUUACAAUGAUCUCAAUUGAUCUUAGUUGCAAGAUUGUCUCUGGUGAAGCUUCAGAGGAUUAAAAUGGUUUUGUAGCCUUUUCUGGCAAAUGGGUAUCACCCAUGUUUUACAGAUGUCUUCAGAAAUUUCUUCUGAGGUGAGAGGGAUGUGCCUUAGAAUUUUUGUGGUGUGAACAUCAGUGAUGUGGGGCCCUGAUCAUUAGCCAUAAUUAUGCCCUUCGGUUGAGGGCAUGAUUUUCUCAUACUGUUACACAUGGGUUGAUUUGUUUAUGAAAUAAAGGAAACAAGCACCAAA